GUGGUCGGGAGGAAGAACGGUCGCCGUGGCAGGGGGCGAUGAUCACGGUGACAGAGGAGAUAGGCCACGGCGACGACGAUGGCGCCAGUGGCGAUGAUCACGGUGACGGAGGAGAUAGGCCACGACCUGCACAUGGUCUACCCCAUGUGUCACCGCCCAAGCCACAACAGCCUAUUGUCAUCGAGCGUGGAUCGGACGGGUUUGACGUGGCAGGAGGCGAUAUCGCCGAUAUGAUUACGAGCCCAAUGGUGUCUUCCACGCCCACAAUUUUUCGUGUUGGCAAACUACGGGAGGUAGCCCUUGGUUUGGCGGAGACGGCGACGCGACACCGUCGCGACGGUCAGCGCAGCAUCGCACAACGCAGUCUUUCUCAUUCGUUUGACGGCGCAGAGGAAGGGUCGCCUCAUGGGUCAGUUGACACACUCGAAAGAGAAGCAAGACCCCCAGGUCCGCCGUCAAACUCAGAGCAUCAUCCGAUUGCCGCGGCUGUCGGCGCAGAUGCGGGCGUCCCUGUCACAAACAGUGGCGCGGACGCGACAGAACAGCUUGUGGUUGGGUCAUCGGCGAUAGCACGGCGCGACAGAGCCACUGUUUUGCCGACAGUGGCAUUCUAUGCCAGCGGGAAGAGUACUGGGGGGAUGGAUGAGCAGGGAGUCCGGAAUGUUGGCAGGCCAUCUGCACCGUCUAUGGGGAAACGAUCCAUUGGGAGUGUGGAUGGUGCUCGACACACCGCCAUGGCAGACUUUGAGGACCGACAUGGGAGUGCUUUGCCGACGAAGACGUCUGAUGUCCAUGCUACGAGAGCCGCAAAGGCGAGUCUUUCUCGGGCAAGGAAGAAGGCCUCGGCAAGGAAGGCGUCACGUUCAUCCUCACAUAUGCGUUCCCGAGAGAGAGGAUCGGGCAUUGUGCAUCUCGAGGACGGAGAGAUUGCACCUGACGGCGACGCAUUGGAUGUUGGAGGGAGGGAUGCAACGACGGGGAAUAUCGUCGGCAAGGAGGACACAGGGAAUGCAGUGGCAGGUCAGAAGAGACGCGGCAGUGUACUUAUCGUCCACGACGACAGCACAGAUGUCGCCCCGGGAGAGACCACAGGCACUGAUGAUGCAGGGGACUCCGAUUACGUACCCAAACCACGGGCGACAGAUGGAGAUGAUGGAGGAGGGCGACGAGUGAGACCGAGGACACGACUCGGGCCGCAAGGGCAGCGAGCACAGGGCACACCAUCGACGAUGAUUUAUGCCCCCAUAGAUCGGCGAGCUAAGGCGCAGCGGCUGCUGCGCAAAAUGUAGGCCACUCUUCAACAGACGCACGGGUUAUCGCUUGGCCGCGAAGA